ACUUAUGGUGGAUUAGUAUUCGAUUCUUCUAAAUAUGCAUCUCCUGAGAUCGCGAAAGAUUCUUGGAAUGUCCUAAAGGAACAUGAUGUGUGGGUAGCAGAUUCGUGGAAUUACGGAACUUUGAUCUAUGAAGUGUAUAAUGGAGCGUUCUCAUCUACUAAUCAACUUGAAAAUACUGGUGUUAUACCACAGAAUAUUCUGACUCCAUACAAACAAUCGAUAAGAGCCAAUCCAAAAUCUCGACUUAAAAUAUCUGCUUUCAUUGAUAUUGGCUUACGCGCUGGUGGAUUUUUUCAGAAUGAUUUGGUGCAAAUUAAUUUAUUUUUGGAGAAUAUGAACAUUAAAGAAGCAAGAGAAAAAGAUAUUUUUUUUAGCAAAUUGAUUAAUACGAUUGAUAAAUUACCUGUAAAUAUUUGCAAAUAUAAAAUUUUGCCGGAACUCCUUAAAGCUUUAGAAUUUGGUUCAG